AGUCCUGCUGUCAGUGCGGGAACUGUGGGCUCAACUGGUGCUCUUUCGGAAACGCAUAACACAGUUGUAUCCGGUCAGAUCCAUGGCUCAGUUCGCAUUGUGGGUUCCGUGAGGAAUGCUGUUUACGGCACUGUAUCGGAAAGUUCUUCGGGUAGUGCUUUGAAUCAGCCACUUGGUGUGUCCACCGUGGAAUUGUCCGGCUCCGGCCCCGGUGGUAUGAAUGCCAGUCUACCCAGUUUGCUACGGCAUUCUGGUUCGGAUAAUCGUCUGACUCCUCAAACCACCACUACCGGCUUCUCACUAAGUUUCCCUGGCGGUCCAGGUUCAAUGCGUACAUCCAUUGCCACCGGAUUUGCUGCGUACAUACAGCCACUGAUUUCAGAUUUGCAAAAGAUGGUCGAACGUGCACUGCAUGACCCGAGUUUCGCUCGGCGUGUUUGUCGCGCUAUCAGUGAGAUCUCACAAGAAACAAAACCAUUUCGUGAAUCGAUGGGUCUUUUACUCCCUCAAGAUCUACACUUAUGCUUGAACAAAACAACCCGUCCUGGCGACAAGGAUCCCACACCGGAUUCUAAAGUCAAAUCGACAAAACUCCCUUUAGCGAUCGAGUAUUUGGACACUGAUACAACUGGACGUGCGGUGAGCGGUAAACGUUCAAGACCCACGGAUGUUGUAGAUCAAGGUGAUUCAGUGGAGAAUUUGUCUGGACUUGGUGUUCGUGGAUCGAACACCGCGAACAGUUUGACGGAACGUUUAGAUUCGAUACCCGAGACCGCGGAUCCGCUGGAUAGCUUGGAUGGGAAACCGAGCAUGAAGAAGCGCCGCUUAGAUGGUGAACUAGGUUCCACAGAUAACGAGGAUUGUGAAUUCAAUACUAAUGAACCCGUUGAAUCGCAUCACACGAAACCUGCGGUUGCGGUAUUCAAUAAAAUUNUUCCAGAUUAUUUGUUCACCAAGAACCCCAUAGUCUAUGACCCCGAGUCGGAUCCGCUAACCUCAUUCGGUGCAGAUCAGUUGGAACGACUAAACCCUCGAAUUUUACAUGAAAUCCAAUUACUGAGUAGCAUCAAUUUGUGCGUUCAAGCUAAUAUAAAUCCGCCAAGUAUUGAUGAAAUGGAGACUUAUGUGACGUGCUUGGAUGCAGGUGAAUGGAAUACAAGUUGUCAUCUCAAAAUAAUUCCUAAAGACCAACUGAUCGCUCAACUUCCAUGCACUCCGCCUAUAUUGAUGGUACGUCUUGCUCCGGACUAUUUGGAAGCCGGCCAGAUCAAUUGGUUCUACGAACCCCGAUCCCGACUGCCUCGUCCGGAAUCCGCCACACUGCAUACCCCAGUACAGUACUCCCCUUCUGAGAAGUCACACUUUCUGGAUUUAUGUUAUUCCGAAUUAGAUCGCAAAUUGCAGCAAAAUCUGCGGCGCUCCUCGCAUUAUCGCCGGACUCUAUUCGCUUUGGGAAAACAUUGGGUAAAUCACGUGGUUUGCUCCAGAUGCCUUUGA